AUGAGGACGGCCGCCGCCGCCGCCGCCGCCGCCGCCGCCGCCGCCGCCGCCGCCGCAGGAGCGCGCUCCCCGCCCCUUCCCGCCCGCCCUCCCCUCCCGGCCCGCCCCGCCCCGCCCCCGCCCGGCGCAGGUCCCGGAGGAGAGUGGCGCGCUGCCGGAGGACGCCGCGGCAGCUGCUCCCUGCGCCGCCGGGUGUCCGCCGCGCCCCGAGUCCCCGGCGGGAGCGAGCGCGGAGGAGCCGGGAGCUCCCUCUCUCCCCACCUUCUCUGGCCGCUCCGCCCCCCCUGGGGGGAGGGUGUCAGCUACCGAGUAAAAAUAACCGCGAGUGAGCACUGGGUGUCUCCCUCCCUGCCCGCAACCGGGCCUGGAGCCCUCGGGCAGCCACCCUGCACGUCCCUGCGCGGGGCCCCGCUGCGGACAGGCGAGCGGGUCGGCCGGCGCCUGGGAGAUGCGCGCCCACCGCGGCGUACACGUCCGCGGGGGAGCCGGCGGGCCAGCGGCGGGUGAGAAGGACGCGCCGGCAGGGGCGCGGGGGCCUAGCCGCACCUGCAGUCCUGCCGGUUCGCAGAAGUCGGUGGCGGGGGAACGGGGAGAGCAAGAGGCGCAGCCCUCGGUCCCAGCGCCAGGCAGGGUUCAGGCACCCGAUCCUAAUGUGAGAAAAAAAGAAAAACCACCCUUAAAAGACUUUUUCUUUCAGCCAAGCUAUUUGUGAUCCAGUCUUUUGAUUCAUUCAACCCAUAUUUACUGUGUGACUAUGUAUCAGGCACUGGGGUUGGCGCUGGGGACCCAGAGAUGAAAAAAGAAAGAAAAAUAGAAAACGCCGAAGUCCGUGCCCUCCAGAUAGCUACCUUCGAGAGAGGGUGGCAGGAGCUGAGGUAGGCAGACAAAUAGACGUGUAAAACGAAAGAAGGUGAUUGUGGGGAGUCCUGUAAAGAGAAAAGAGAAGAAAUCCACCAGACUGGCUGCUGCACCAAUCCCCUGAGGACGACAGCUCUGCCUGGGGGCCGUCCUUGGGUUCUCCGAGGUUCCCAGUCUCCUCUAGUCCCAGCCUGUUACCCCAGGCCAGGUGGUGGUAAAGGCCUCCCCAUCUUAUCGUGGUUUCCCUACCCUCCCCACUUCCUCCCAAAGGUGUCCUAAUAAACUCUCAGCCACUCUCCUUGAGCACGCCUUCUGUUUUGCUCCGGAACCCAAUUUGGUGAGCCUGGAAGGUUUUUCUGACAAAGCUGGGUGACAAGAUGACGUGAAUGAGAGAGACGUUAACCACGCAGCCAUCUGGGGAACUAUUUCCAGAUGCCUAUAAAGGCCUUGGGAUGGGAAUGAGCUCGGUAGGGGUCAGGGGACCCACAAAGGCUAGCAUGCGUGACUGGGGAGUGAUGAGGGAGGAGCCAGGUGGGAGCGACAACAUGGGAGAGGCCUCAGGCUCGGCCAGGCCUGAGGC